CCACAUCAUCCACUUUCCGCAUGCCGCAUACCGUGUACUGAACCUCACAAGUCGUCGUGUAGUCGUCUCAUACAUUUCCACCUCCACAGCGAACAUGGCGCGAUUCCACAUCAUCCUCGCGGUCCUCGCAUCCUUCAUAUGGUGCUCAAGCGCACAAUUCGGCUUCUUCGAUCAGAUGUUCGGCGGUGGAGGUGGACAGCAACAUCAAGAGCCACAGAAUGUGAGGAGUGAUAGCAGCUGGUACCAGGCACAAUAUGAGGGCGCACAAUGCUCUCACUACCUCUGCCCCGGCACCCUUUCUUGCGUCCACUUCCCGCACCACUGCCCUUGCGCUUGGGAAAAUGUAGAAGACAAAGUCGAACUCGGCGACGGCAUCGCGAUCUGUGGCAGCAGGGGAGGAUGGGCCAACGGCGAGUUUGCAAAGAAGGUCGAGUUGGCCAGGAAAGGCCUGCUAUAAGGGAUGAGUAAUUGGAGUUACCAUAAGAGAAGGAGCAUAGUUGGGCCCAGUGUUAUAAGAUUGGGCCGCGGAGAGCUCGUGUCGAUUGGACGUCAAGCAAAUGGUCGUCGCUUGCAAAAUAUCAUACGGCAAACAGGAGGAAUCAUGAAGAAGCUGGAAUUGGGCCGAGUAGGCCAGGUCAUGAAUUCGUCACAUCCCAAAUAUAGCAAUACCAAUACCAAUAACGCCUGUACUAUGCAACGA